GUCAGAUGGCACAGAUUUCCUUUCUAAGAACAAGGGAAGUAGUGUGAAGUUUAGAGGAAAGGGACUGAUCUGGUGGGUGGGUGGCAGUAGGAAAGGGGAGGUUUCCAUCCCUCUUCCUCCACUUUGACUUCCCUCUCACUGACAGGGAGGGAAAAGGGCCAAGACUCUAGUGGUCUCCAGGGCCUAGAACAAGAGAGAAGAGAAGAAAAGGACGGAGUCUGAGGGCAGAGACUUGAAAACUGCGGACUAAACGAUAAUUAUUGUUCUCAGGCCAGGGACUAGACUCUUGGACUUGGUAGAGAUUUCACUAGGGAGUAAGGGUCACUGAAUUACACAGAUUUGCCUCAGCCAUACCUUGAGACGACGUGAUUAUGGACUGCAGGCAAUUUCUUUUUCUGGGCCUUCUUUUCUCUGCCAUCCUGAGUCCGCUGGUAGUUGCCAAGAACUGCUAUUACUGUGAUCUCACCAACACUCCAAACUGUAUGGGCAUCCCAAUGUACUGUGGAAAGGAAGAAGACUGCUACCAGGGCCGAGGUGUAGCCAGCGGAAUCUCCUACAUCAUCAACAAAGGCUGUGUGGAGGCAACCAACUGUGGGAAGGAGCAGCUUGUUGAUUACAUGGGAGUCACUUAUAACUUCAUCACCUACUGCUGCAGCGGGGAACUCUGCAAUGCUGGUUCACCAGGUCCAAGCCACAUCGGACUAGGCCCAAAUAUUGUGGUAGUAAGCAUGGCUCUAGCCUUGCUCUUCUACUGGCUGUUUUAAGCUGCAAAGAAGAGAUUCGAUUUCUCUUUCUGGUCACCCCCCCCCCAUCCUCCAUCCCUAACCCCAACCCAGGAUCAACAACUUUCCUUCUUGAAUUGGAAUAAAGUGAUCAGAUGCAG